GCGACGUCGCGAUGUCCUUAAGGACAACGUUGCUCGAGACGAAUUCGAAUGCACACAAGGAAAUUGUAUGUACGUCCCGCGGUCAUGAAGCUGCUCGCUAUUCUCACCGUCUUCGCCGUGCUGGCUUACACUUCGGCCAACGUGCUACCGGCUGUCUACGACGGACCUACUUACGAACUGACUACCAUCGAGGAUCCAGUGUACGACGAGGUGCCGUCGGACCUGCCGCCGAUUCGGAACCGGCGUGUGACCUGCGACCUUCUGUCCUGGCAGUCCAAGUGGCUGACCAUCAAUCACAGUGCUUGCGCGGCCAAAUGCCUGGCGCAGCGUCGCCGGGGCGGUCGCUGCCGCGACGGCAUCUGCGUCUGUAGGAAUUAGGCGUCACGCUCGCCCUCGAAUCGUCAAUCGAAUCCGAACCCGGCCAACGCAACGUCCCACGGAUCUCUCGCACCCUCGCUGUCACCCAUUGUCCCACGGUACAUUGGUGAACGCCGUCGUAUUGUAAUCCGAAUUAAUAUUCAUGGGAGAUUAUGGGGGGGACACGGUUAAAUCACCUGAUCGAUAGUCCCGGCCUCGAUUGUUCCUCCGCGCAAAUUUCCGCCGAAAUAAUGGAUAACGUUGUUAUUAACGAUAAUUAUUUUAAUCGCUCCCGCUGCCGAGCGCGUUGAUAAUAAGAAUAACACUUCUUGUUCGCGUUAGCGUCGCGACGCGGACGUUUCAUGGGAAAUUGACGAGAAGCGAUAUCGACGUUAUUAAUGGAAGUUAAUUAAAUCGUUUAUCGUAAUGGCGCUGUGAUAGGAGAUUUACAUAACAUUUGUCAGACGACAUCGGGGUCGCCUUUUUAUGGCGCGCGGAUAAAAUUUCGACCGAACGUAUAUCUCGUAAAAAUUAUUUAAGCGAAUACGUGGCGAUUGAUAUCGAAUAGUUAUCGCAAAUAUUUAUAACAUAUUAUUCCAAAUAAAAUCGAUUACUAUGUGAAUCGAUACUUACAGAUUUUUCAGCUGUAUACUCUUGUUCAUUGAACAUAAUGCAAGUAUGUUUAUGCAUGUUACUUAUGUUACAACCUGUUCUGUGAAUUCGUCCCCGCAAGGCAAUAAAAUAAAUUGGCAAUUGGCAAUUAGUAACGAUUACUAUAAUUAGCUAUCUAUUAGUUUGUUAAAGUAAAAGUCAUUAGAUUAGGCAGAAUAAUUAAUUAAUUGCGUUACGAUAGCAACAGCAUUUCUAUAAUAAAAAAUUCGUACAAUUUUUAUAUACU